AUGAGCUAUUUCUGGAGCCUGCUGCCGACAAGCCCCAACUUCUUCGAGUCCUACACCCUCACGUCGGAAAUCUUCCCCAAAUGCAAACCGUGCUUGGCGGUCUUCAGGUCCAUCACCACGGUGCAGAAGUGCACGAUUCGUUUGGACGAGGCCGAGUCGCGAGUCGUCAUCGAGCUUCUGUGCAACUUGGGCAUCAAGAAGACCUACCGGCUCACAUUCGAAGAGUGCGAGGCACUCCAGGCCGUCUACUCGAAAGACAACUGUCCCAACAAGAUCACGUCGCGCCCUCGGCUCCUCAUCGACGUCGUACAGAACUUUCACAGCGGUUUGGACGAGAUAUCCUUCCAGAUCACCGAGAAGAUGUUCAAGGUGAAGAGCUUCAUCGACGAAGACAAACGAAGCCAGCCAAGCAAGAUCCUACACACGGAGCUGACCAUCGAUCCGCGCGACUUUGAGGAGUACUCGGUGGGCACCGAGCCCGGAGAAAUCACCUUCUGCCUGAAGGAGUUCAAGGCCCUCCUCGGCUUCUGCGAGGUGGCCGGCCAGCCCAUCCACAUCUGGUUCGAGCAGGGCGGCAGGCCGAUCCUGUUCUCGGUGAACUUCUUCAAUGCGUUUGACGUGGACUUUGUGAUGGCGACCCUCCUCGACGGACAGGGCUCCUCGUCGCAGUCCGACUCCUCGCAGAGCUCCUCCCAGAGCAGCAGUUCCUCCCAGCAAAGCAAGCAAUCGUAUUCGGGGACGCCCUCGGCCACGCCGGCCUCGUCGGCCUCGGUGCCGGCCUCACCCUAUUCCUCGCGUGCGCCCACAUCGCCCUUCGCCACGCCCACCACCGUCUCUUCCUACCCCGACCGCGACGGGGUCAGUGGUAUGACGUCGGUUACGUCGUCGAUGGUGGAGGAAAUUGGGACAGACAAGAGGCGCCGCGGCGAGAUGGACAAGGAGGACAGCCUGUCGGCGUCGGCCUCGCCGACUGCCUCGGCCUCGCACCCGCCGCCCUUCCUCGCCGCCGGCAUGGUCACCCAGCCGCGCAUGGACAUCGAAGGCGAGGGCGACGACGAAGAUGAAGACGACGAGGAGGACGAGUUCGUAGAAGGCACGCCCCCGUCGUCGCCCCAGCUCACCAAGAGGGCCAGACGAGGCUGA